UUCGGUGGCAGACUUCCCUUGAUUCCCAUCAAAUGGCAGCCUCCGAUCGCAGCUAGUGCGCCAGGAGACAUAUGACACUUCAUUUGGAUGAACAUCCCCAGAAAGAUGCGGAUUUUAUCGUUCUGAUUUCGUAAGGAAAACAGAAGAGGAUACAGAAGAAUUAGUUAUCUAAACUGAAAUCGUUCUUGUGAGAUAAAAUUGUUGACCUCACUGGGUAAGACAACGUUAUGUUAGCCAGCUAGUUAGCAAGCUAGCUAGCUAGCCGCCGCUUUCCCGCUGCUGCCUCCCUCCACGAGGGCUGGCCUCCCCCCCUAAGCCGCAUCCCCCCUCCGCUGUGGCCCCAAGCCCUUCCGAGGCUUUCUUUUGCCUGCUGCAGUGUGUGUGGUCAUGAAAAGCUGCUUUUGUCUGAAAAGGAAGGACGCUGUGCUACGAGUAACAAAAUCCUCCGUGAUGCCAGAGGUACGGGACCUGUCGGACGCACUGCCAGAGUUACCCAUGGAUCCGAUCACUGGGGUCGGGGUAGUGGCCUCCCGAAACAGGGCGCCCACUGGAUAUGAUGUGGUUGCCCAGACAACAGACGGGAUGGACGCUGACCUGUGGAAAGACGGCCUAUUCAAGUCCAAGGUGACGCGCUACCUGUGCUUCACCCGUGUCUUCUCCAAAGAGAACAGUCAUUUAGGGAAUGUGCUGGUGGACAUGAAGUUGAUUGACAUCAAGGACACACUGCCUGUGGGCUUCAUCCCCAUCCAGGAGACAAUAGACACCCAGGAGCAGGCGUUCAGGAAGAGGCGGCUGUGCAUCAAGUUCAUCCCGCGGGACUCCACGGAGGCGGCCAUCUGUGACGUGCGCAUCCUGGGCCGGUCCAAGCAGGCCCCACCCCAGUACACCUUCAUAGGAGAGCUGAACAACAUGGGCAUCUGGUACCGCAUGGGCAAGGUGCCCCGGGCCGAGGACUCGUCACCCGUGCUGGGCAACAGCAACAACGUGCAGCCCGUCACCACCGCCAACUCCACUCCAGCGCCGGUCAUGCCCAAGCACAUAUCCAUGACCCUACCGGCCAGCUUCAGAGGCAAGAGCACCACCAGGCCGGACUACGAGCACCAGAACUCCAACCUGUACGCCAUCUCAGCGAUGGAUGGAGUGCCCUUCAUGAUCUCUGACAAGUUUGCGAGUGCCUCCAGUGACUUACAGCAGGUGGACCUGAUGGGCAUUAACAUCAAGUCCCUCGCGGAGAUUGAGAAGGAGUACGAGUACAGCUUCCGUAUCGAGCACAGCGCAGCAGCCCGCCUGCCUCCCAGCCCCACGCGGACCACCAUGGGAGGCUCCGAAGCAUGAGUCGACUCCUCACACACCCCCUUCCCUCUCCCAGACCCCUCCACGAGCCACCCCCCCCCCCCCCAACCCCCCCGGAGGUAGAGGACGAGGAGCAGGAAGAACUACUGAGAAUGAGCCAACAGGGAAGAGGGAGAGAGUGGGGGACCAGUGCCCUCUUCCACAGCCUUUCAUCCACUCCUCUAUAGUCAUGUUUAUGCCCCCCACUCGCCCUUAGUGAGUAUGAAAACCAGACGCUAAACUCAGAAAUAAAUGAAUCAGACAAGCGGGAGGAUGCGCUGCAGUGUUCUUUUUCCAUUUGACUUUGGACUAACAGAGAGGGGAGAGGGGGCAUGCGGUGCAGACUGAUUUCUGGAGCCCUGUUGACCCGUUCUGGGGUUCUCUUCAUCACUGCUGCUGGUUGAUUCUGUGGAGAGGAGGAGGAGGAGGAGCGCAGCAGUCGACUGACUUUCUUUCGAAUGGAAACCACUACGUAACGCUACAGAACUAAAAAGGGAUGCAGAGACUCUUCGGCCUUUGGAGGACUUCCAACCAGAAAGCCUUGUGAACUAAAGGAACACACACACACACACACACACACACACACACACACACAGAUUCAGAUACACCAUACCAUAGAUCUGGGCACACUCACACAAACUGAUAUCCCUGACUGGUGUAAGCUAAGGCACACACAAACACACUCCUCCCUCGCUUGCCCUAGUUGGCUCCACGUGGUUCGGCAUUACCCUGGAAAUAAACACUUCUUCCUCCAUUGUGAUGUCACAAAGAAGCAACUGGUUGCCAGAGAGAUGUUGCUGUUGCUGUCCGACUGUUGCUGACUGAGGCCAUGGAUACAGACAGAUACUACAGGUCUCAGACAGAUACUACAGAUCCUUUGUGUUUGUGUCGCUUUCAAGUGUUUGCAGAUGGAAAAGAAAGCAGGCCUAAUAUACAAUGUGUCUGUGUGGGAUAUAGCUCCCCCCUCUGUCUAACUUUGACACUACUACUUAUGUCUGAGGAGGCCCCUAGUCAAUUCAGCACAUUGACACCCAUGAACAUCUGAACCUGAUUCUUUAAAAUCAUAAAAAGAACACUUAACAUUGCCCUCCCCCAUCCCCCUUCAUAUAUGAAUGAGUCAUGGAUGAGGAUUGCUUUGAAGUGUUGAUAUUAUUAUGUUUGUCUUGUUUUAGUUAAAAUACUUCUCUGUUGAGUGCACUAUUAUGAUUUAUUCGAAGUCUCAAUUUUGGUUCACGCCAGGACUUUUCUUCUCCCCAUGGUCAGCCAGACUGGUGGGUCAGAACAUAAACACAACCACUAACAGUCAUGGUCACACAUUGACCAGCGCCCGCUGGCAGAACUCUGAAGGCACGAGUCCUGGACUGGUCUCGUAGCUAUUUUCAUUGUGGCAUUUCAUGGCAUACUUCAAUGUGCUUAUUUCUGUUUACUAUAAUUCCAGUAUUUAUGGUCCACCUUGGUCACAUAAUUCACAUUACUUUUCAUUUUUAAUUAAGUUUCUCAUUUUUAAGAGGUGUGUGUGUGUGAGCGAGAGAAAAGGAGAGAGAGAGUGUGUGUGUGUGUGUGUGUACGUAGUGCUAGUUUAGAAUUUUAAUGUGUAAAAGGCAACAGGAAAAACUCUUCACACACAGUAUUGACAUUGCCUGUUAUGAAAGGUCACUUUAAAAAAAAAAAAAAGUCCUGUCAGUCUCUGUAUGUCUCAAACAAAAGUAGGAGUCUCUAAAUGCCUCUUCUGUUUUGUAAAAAAGAGUGAACAGAAUUAGACUUAAGAAAAAAAUCGGAAUUGGCUUGUGAGAGUGCAUGUUUUUUUUUUGGUCACUUUUUUUUUUUGUCGCUUAAGCCAGUUCACUGAUGUUUUGACCCCGUGUACGCCCAUGUCCUCUGUUGACCCGUGUGUUAGAUGACUGGACCGGUCUUUUCAGGUCACUGCCACUGUCACUGUCUCUCAGUCCCACUUGGAGACUCACUUGACACUAGCCAUAUCAACUCCGUUUACUCAUGACACUCAAGAUGAGAACACGCUCUGCUUGGUUGGAAGUGUUAACACCUGUCCGUGUUGUUUGACGUUUUGCUGUCGCAAUAGGGAUUAAUUAUUUGUUUCUAAUUAGUGGGAGUGAAUCUAUGCCCUAGCUAGUGUCUACCCUGACCUCUGAGCCAGCCUAAUGGUAAUCACUUUCUUCAAUGUCUUCGGUCAGCUCACUUUUUAAAAACACACCAACUGCUUGCCGGUCGGUUCGACCCUUUCUCGUGUACACAAGAAUCUCUCUUCGGUGCAGCGUUGUCUUAAUGGGCGGCCGACCAAACUCAGGUGACAUUGUUCUGUUCGGAUACACCAAGUGCUAACGCUCGUCCGUACGAUUCCGUCUCAAAUGCGAGCCUCGAAAACCAAUACAUGCACACUGUGAGGUAAUCCACUCCAAAAAACGUUAGCCACUAAAGUCCUGGCAACGUGGAGUUAACUAUGGCCACUGUAAGCGUUUGUUGUUCUUUCUAACAAAGUAGUGAUGACCAAUAGCGUUUUUACCUGUGACUCCACCAAGCCUGAUCGUUAUAUCUAACCACUCGACUUGUAGAUCUGUACAUGGCCUUAUCCUUUAGGCCUUAUCCUCCAGCGCCAUGCUGUCUACUCUCUCUCCAGCAGCCAUCUCUGACUCUUGCUUAGGCCUACUAGCUAACGUGUCUGUGUGUGCAGGUAGUAUUGUGCAGAAUGAAAACAUUUAUGGUGUCCAGGACCGCAGGUACAGUUUAAAGGGGUGCUUCUGAAAGAGGUUUGAAUUUAAGUUGGCCUUAAGCUCGAACCAGAACAUGAACAAUUUAUCGAACUGUUUUAAGAAAAGAACAUGUCCAGUUUUCAAGUGUUUUUUAUUAUUAUUAUUAUUAUUGUUUAAUCAAAGUUUAAAUAUAGACUAACUGUAUUGUUAGUAAUAUGUCCAAGACGACUUGAUAUUGUGUUGGAGGCCAGAGAAUUCAAGAUGCUGUGAAAAUGAUCGACAGCCACUAGAAGCUCUCAUGUCAUUGCACCAUCAUUCUUAAGUCAGCAUUCAUGCACCCAGAACACAAAGAACAACUUUUACUGAUAAACAAAUUACUUUUGUUUGUUUGUUUGUUUUGCCUUUGGGUGAAUUACAUAUGUGUUAGUCAUUUUUGGACUGUGUCGUGUAAAUACACUAACUCCACGUGGUUGUUGUUCAUCGCUUAACUGUUAACUAAUAUGCUUUUUUCAUACAUGUAUAAAUGUAUAUAAUACUGUUGACUGGUUUGUGUGAUGCUCAUUUUUCUGUGAAAAUAGCUGCACGUUUGCCGUGUUCUGUGUGCUGUAUAGGGAACCUGCUGCUGCUGCUGCUGUUGUUGUGUAUACACAGCAUCCUGUGGAAGCCUGCUCUGGUAACAUCUCUAUGUGUGCUCUUAGCAUCCUGUGGCAGAGAGCCUUUCAAAAAAAAAAAAAACAUCCAACGUUACGCACAAGCCACACAAUCACUUUCAUGGUUCCAAAGCCUAAUUCCCUUGUGUGUUUCAGUCAGUAAAAGUCAAUAUGGG